UAAAAUGAAAAUUUUCAAAUUUUAGAGCGCUGCCCCCCUGCCACCGCCGCCCCCAAAAUUCGCCCCUGUUGACAGAAAACUGCCAAACCCAACAUUAAACCCUAAUUCCAACCCAAACGGAAGCUAUUAGGCCGGACGAGAUAGUUCUCUCUCGCCUCUCAAUUUCAAAAUGAGAUAGGUACUUUACGCUUCUAUUUUAAAUAACCUAUUUGGUUUAGGACUUUUUCUUUUCUUUUUUUUACUCGUGUAAGCUGUAAGCAAGGUUCUUACAUUGAUCUUCAUUCAACAAACCUAGCUAAAAUCCAAUCCAACUCUUUUCUUCUUCACCACCGAAAGUAGAAAAAAUGGAUAAUAAGGACACAGCUCAUUCUCAUCUAUUGAGUUUUCUCAAUGCUAUUCCUCCGGUUGAUUUUUGCUGCGUCUAUGGCUCGACUCUCCAUUCAACCGAUCCUGGCAAGUCAACCAUGGUAGAUUACAUCCUCGGCGUGUCUGACCCCCUGCAAUGGCAUUCCGAGAAUCUAAAAAUGAAUGCAGAUCAUUACGCCUCAUGGAUGGUGCUUCUCGGAGGGGCGAAACUGAUUACUAAUAUCGCAGACAAAUUAGGAGUAGGAGUACAUUUCAACCCGUAUGUUACUUGGAAUGACAAGGUAAAUAUGCUUGUGGAUAACCUGGACAUUGAAACUAUAAACUCAGUUAACCUUCGAGCUGCAAUGUCUGCUGCUCUCCUCCUCUUACCACCCAAAUUCACAGAGGAAGACCUUUAUGCCAAAAUAUGUAGCCUGUCAUACAUGGGUGACGUGCGUAUGCUUUUUGCAGAGGACCGAAAUAAGGUGAAGAAGAUCGUACAAGGGCAGUUUGAUUUAUUCCAGUCCAUGUAUAAGCCGUUUCUUGAAGAGUAUGAAGGCAAAGACUUCUUAAGAUUCUCAUCAUCUAAAAAUCAACUUGCAAAUAUAUCUCAGGAUUGUGGCUUACCAGUGACUCACUCGCACAUAUCUUUCCUUCCUCCAACUGUUAGAAGCCAAAUGGGGAUGAAGAUAGGAAAGAAGAAAGUAAUCAGUGAAUCUGGUAAGGUUGGGAAUGGGAAUGAGUUAGGAUUUGGGUCAAGAGAAGAGGCUGCAAAGUGCAUGCAGAAGGCAUUGAGGCGAACAGUGAUGGUUUCAAGUGCAAGGCAAGCAGUAUCUGGUUUAUUGACUGUGGGCGGUGUUAAAGCAGCUAGAUAUCUAACCAGUAAGAUGUGCAAGGCUUGGAGAUCAUGGACAAGGACAUGAUUAUCAUAAUCUAAAUCAAGGCUGGGCUGGGAUGGGAAGCUGUUAUCGUAAUCUAAAUCAGGCUGGGGAUUGGGAACUGUUGUUGUGGUUGGUUGGUUAUUGUUAAAAUGAGGAAGGAUAGUAAAAGUGUUUCUCAAUCUCAUUACUAUUUUCCUUUUGGUUAUACAUAAAAAUAUUAUUAAGAUAAAA